GUCUCGCGGCGCCAGCACCGUAUUUCAGGCUGUGGCACAGGAGAGCAGCGCGAGGCCUCCCAAGCAAAAAAGCUACGCGACGCCUCCGGCAACGCAAAGGCUUGGUCAAGCAGACCGCCUGGGGUGCGCAGCGAUCCGCAAGAGCAAUAAUUUGUCACCGCGGACGCACAGCGCACGAUGCGACAAGCCCGGAGAGCUGUAGCAGCCCUCACCCGGCGCCAGCCGGCGCGCCCGCUCUUCACCGAUCGCAAGUCGCUCUACCGGGGCCACCUGCCCACGAACCCGCUCCAGAAGCUCGCGGCGACGGCCAUCUCCGCGGCGAAAGCGCUGAAAGACCCUCGGCGCGCCGACAUGGUGGGAGUGUUGGGCGAGGCGACGGGGCGCGUUGCGCUCGAGAAGAUCCGGAGUGACCUGAAGACGACGCGGGAAGGGAGGUUGAUUCUUUCUGAGAGACCCGUGGUCGACUCCACCACCAUUAAUGGCGACGAAUUGCGGCAAUUAGAUGAAAACACCUUCGGCCACGCCUACGGGCGGUUCCUGGAGAGGUAUGGUUUUGAUCCUGAUGACAGAACUCCGGUAGCGUUGGUCGACGACGAGGAGCUCGCUUAUGUGUUGCUGAGGUACAGGCAAGUGCACGAUUUCUGGCACGUGCUCUUUGGCCUGCCGCCCACCGUGCAUGGGGAGUUGGUCCUGAAGUGGUUCGAGCUCGUGCAUACCGGUUUACCUGUGGCGGCGUUCUCGGCGCUGUUCGGGCCUUUGCGCCUGUCCUCGAAGCAACGAAGGCGGCUAUACGAUGCACACGUCCCCUGGGCUACCCGUCAAGGUCGGGCGUGCACGCAGUCGUUGUUAGCUGUCUACUACGAGAAAUGUUUUGAUGAGGACAUGGAUUUGUUAAGGAAGCGGCUCGGCGUGACCGUGGCGCCGCCGCUCGGGACGUCGUCGCCCAAGUCGGCGUCGUCGGCGUAAGGAAUGUGUGUGUAC